ACAUUAAAUCAGCAUUCAUUGUGUAUUGCCUAACAUGUCUGUGAUUCCAUUGGUCAGAAUUGAUUGACCCUGGGUCGAUGUUCGAACAUUUCCUAAUAUCCACCGGCGUUUGAGUAUAUAUACCCUGUCUCUACGUAAUUUACUGCAUAUCAAUUCAGAAACAAAUGAAGACAUACUCUCUUAGUAUAAAUUUGUGUACAUUUUUCAAUGAGCAUAUCGAAAGCUGAAGUCGACUUCGGUUGCACCCACAACAAACGCCAGGAAAGCGGCGAGGACCAGGGAGGGGCUCGAUCCCCGGGACCCCAGGAUACAGGAGCGCGGAUCAUAGAAUCAGAGACUCGGGCAUCUCAUUGGUCAGAUUCUGAGUAUCAGGGCGACCAGACGAUCGUUAGAAAUGGAGACACUGGACUCGAUGAUUCAGAGGAUCUGGAUGUGGCGGAAGGAGCGGACGAUUUUGACGACAUGGGUCUGUCUGACCAACUCUUGAGAGGAAUCUUUGGAUAUGGAUUUGAGAAACCAUCUUUAAUUCAACAAAAAGCUAUUCCAUUGGCUUUGACUGGAUCCGAUGUGAUCGCUCAAGCCCAGUCAGGGACCGGGAAAACGGCCACCUUCUCCAUUUCCAUUCUCCAGAAACUAGACCCCGAAGUAAAGAAGUGCCAGGCGCUGGUUCUGGCUCCUACGCGCGAGUUAGCAAUGCAGACCCAACGCGUGCUUAGCGCCAUUGGUGACUACAUGGGUGUCGUCUGCUAUGCCAUGGUUGGCGGGAACCAUGUGGCAAAUGACAAAGAAAGGCUCCGUGAAGGCGUCCAUGUUGUCAUAGGAACACCUGGUCGGAUUUUGCAUCUUCUGGGUCAAAGAUAUCUGGACUUGUACUCCAUAAGGCAGUUUGUUCUAGACGAAGCAGAUCAGAUGCUGUCGAGAGGAUUUCUGGAUCAAAUCAAAGACGUGUUUCAGUACCUACCGAGAGACGUGCAGGUGAUUCUUGUUUCCGCCACCCUGCCACCGGAAAUCCUGGACAUAACUGACAAAUUCAUGAGAAAUCCCAGACGUGUUCUGGUCAAACGGGAAGAACUGACAUUGCAAGGCAUCCAGCAAUUCUAUGUUAAUGUAGAGAGAGAGGAGUGGAAACUGGAUACCCUGUGCGAUAUUUACGACACCAUCACUGUGGAAAAGACAAUCAUCUUCUGCAACAAGCGCGGGAAAGUGGAGUGGUUGGAGAGGGAGAUGAACAGGCGAGACUUCACCGUGUCUGCCAUGCAUUCCGAUCUCUCCCAGAAAGAGCGGGAACUUGUGAUGCGCAGCUUCCGGACCGGAUCUAGUCGUGUGCUGAUCGCAACAGAUCUGUUGAGCCGCGGAAUAGAUGUACAGCAGGUGUCUCUGGUCAUCAAUUACGACCUGCCUUUGGACAGGGAGAGCUAUAUUCACAGGAUUGGGCGUGGCGGACGAUUCGGGCGAAAAGGAACCGCAAUCAACUUCGUGACCAUUGAUGAUCAGCGGAAAUUGGAAGACCUCCAGAAAUUCUACAACACGGAAGUCCGGGAAAUGCCAAACAACAUCGCUAGUCUCCUGUAAAGAGCAGACACUGUACAUCACGGACAUUCACAGGAUCUUAAUGUAUUAAAGACUUGAUAAGGAA